GGCUGGCUAUACACAGUAACUCAUGUGUAAUUCACCUUAUUACCUGUUGCAGCCAGUGUACGACAAUCGCGCGUUAGCUGACUGAGCCAAACGCAACGCCACCGCUCACAAUGCGUAAUUAGAUCUGGUUGCGCUUGUAUGUGCGCAUAUAUUAGGUACUUUACCCCUCUUUUGCUGACAAGUUUCAGUUUUAUCAACAAUAACCCACGCGUCAUGAAAUAAGGCGGAUGUGCUAUUCUUCUUCACAUACGAUUUCGUUUAAAAUAUCGUUUUUUAUGUUCCGAAAUAACAUUAAAGACGUUUAGUUUGAGCGGGAGCGGAGCGACAAGGCAAGAGAUAAUCAGCAAGUCUUUGUGGUGCACUUUGGACCGUCGUAGCCACUGUAUGCGGAAGACUGGGGUAAUCGAAACUUACCAUUUACUGAGGAAGAGAUGAAGAACCAGUGACCCCUGUCUGACACACUCCUCUGUCAUGGCCUCAGUUCAUCCCUCACUCCAGACUCCACGGAGAGAGGAGAGGAGGGGGGGAGAGGAGUGUGUGGAUGAGUUCGCCUGCCCUGGCGUGGCUCGCGGGAGGCUCCUGUCACUCACACCCAUCGUGGAGAGGGUGUUUGAGGUGGGCUUCCACAUCGGGGGCGAGGAGGAGGCGGGGCUACCCCAUGAUGGACAGAUUUGGCUGACACUGACAGGAGGGAGGAGAGAGGUGGAGGAGGCCAAGCUCUUCGUGAAGGGCCUGCUAAACGAGGAGGAGCAGCAGCAGGUAUCCUACCCAGAGGGUCUGCACUCCGUGUUCUGUGGUGUCAGUGGGCUGUUUGUGGACUGCCUGAUGAAAAACACCUGUGCUCAUAUCCAGGUGAGCCGACCAGGUGUGCUGGUCGUCUCCGGCCUGGCCGAGCCGGUGGUGCGGGCCUACUCCCUCAUCCUGAACCUGGUGGAGGACUAUGAGGGCACCCAGGGGCAGGGUGCUGAGGCUGGGGCUGGAGCAGCAAGCGAGACCCUGGAUUCCCGUCGGGCCUUCAAGUCCUUGGUGGAGAGGUGGGAUGACCGGCACACUCUGGACCUGCUGGUUCUGCCAGCGAAGGUGAAGGAAGCCCUGCUGAGCUUGGUCAGGGAGUGCAGACUGGACCCAGCCAGGGGACCAUGGCAACGGCCACCCACCGCAGCGAGAGAUCCAGAGAAGGAGAGAGAGAUGUCUGAGGUCAGGGGUAUGGAGAGACUUGCGCUGGAGGAGCGAGUGGAACAGAGAAAUGGAGAGCUGGACCUGCGCCAGGCUGACCGUCACACCCAUGCAGGGGCUGUUCCAGAAUAUUCCAGCAGACACCUGUAUCCAGCCCUCUCUACAAGCCAGCUCCUCCCCUUCCUGAAGAUCCCAGGAACCGAAGCCAACAGAGAGGAAGGGGAGGAGCUGGGGGAGCUGGGGGAGCCAGUCUUACGCGUCCUCCCAGACAGGACGGUGGUGCAGCGGCACAGACACACACCCCAGGAAGUGGGGGAAGAGGAGGAGGAGGAAGAGGAAGAGGAAGAGGAAGAGGAGGGAGGCUUCCUAGAGCUGGGCCACAGGGAGGAGUUUGGGCUGCUGCUGAAGUUCUUCACAGCAAUGGGAUACACUGAGGGUGUGGUGCGGAGGGUUCUGUCCCGCACAGGCCUGAAGGAGGCCUCCCAGAUUCUGGACCUGGUCCAACAAGAACAGGACCGUGAGGGAGGAGGAGAGGGGGAGACAGAAGGCCAGACAACUCUCCUCAACAACCACAGCGAGGCGGACGGGGAGGCUGGGGAGGACUUUGUUCUGGGGGUGCUGAAGAGAGCAGCAGCCAGCUGUGGGUACCAGGAGGAGAGGGUCAUGGAGGUGUACAGCAACCUACCCGAGCUGUCUCCCCGAGAGCUGCUGCUGGAGCUGCAGAGAGAGGGAGGCCCCAGCAGGGACAGCCACGCCCACAUACAGCAACUCCUGCGGGAGCUCCCCGAGGCAGACAGAGAGAGGAGUGAAGAGAGGAUGGAGGGAGAAAACGGAGAGAGGGGUGGGCGGAGAGGGAGAGGGAGAGGGAGAGGGAGAGGAAGAGGGGGGAAGGCUGACAUGCACAGCUCAGACGCUGUGGAUCUGGUCUCAGCAGUGCCUGGAGCUGUGGAGGGUGUGGCUCCAUCGCACAUGCCCAGUGCAGCCCAGCAUCAGCGCACUCACACACCCCCCCCUGAAAGAAACAGCACCCCUCCCGUCAGAGGCCCCCCCCAGUCCACCUACCCACCCGAACCCUCCCCUGCCGGGAAGGACAGGGCGUGGCCCGUGGAUGUUGCUACGGCAGCCAUCGUCACAGGCGAGCAGCGAUUUCUCGAGGGCCUGCAGACGCCCUUUGAACUUCAGCUGGCCCAUGACCCCGGCGACCCCCACCUGCGGCAGGUGAUCAUCGAUGGGAGCAACGUCGCCAUGAGUCAUGGCCUGGGUCAGUUUUUCUCGUGUCGUGGGAUUGCCCUGGCUGUGCAGUACUUUUGGAACCGAGGUCACCGCAGGGUUACCGCGUUUGUUCCCCAGUGGAGACAGAAGAGAGAUCCGAGGAUCAAAGAACAGCAGUACCUGGCUGAGCUGCAGAAUGUUGGGCUGCUCUCCUUCACUCCUUCCAGAGAGGUGGAGGGAAAGAGAAUCAACUCGUAUGAUGACAGGUUCAUGCUGCAGCUGGCUCAGCAGACAGAUGGAGUGAUCGUAACAAAUGACAACCUGAGGGACCUUUCAGCCGAGUCUCCUGCAUGGAGAGACAUCGUUAAAGAAAGACUGCUUCAGUACACGUUUGUUGGGGAUCACUUUAUGGUGCCAGAUGACCCCCUGGGCCGAAGGGGACCCCAUCUCAAUGACUUCCUCCGCUCCAAACACAGAACCCCUGUCCCCAGCAGUCACACCUACGCCGGUGUGGCCCCCUCCUUCUCACCGCCCCCAACGGCCCCCAGGCGAGCCCAGACAGAGGUGCUGCACUACCGUGAGCGGACACCAGGGGGCCUCCUGCCAGCGCAGAAACCUCCCACAGGGUCAGAGUGUGAGCGGAGGAGAGGGGGGGAGAGAUGGGGAAGGAGGGAGAGAGAGAGGGGGGAGGAGGGGGAGGAGGGAGAGAGGGGGGGCAGGAGAGAGAGGAGUGUAGCAGAAACAUCCAGUCUGAGGGAGAGUCUGUCAAAGGUGUUCCCGGGACAGGACAGCGUGGUGACCCUGGCUCUGCAGUGCAACCCCACCAUCACUGACGGAAACACUCUCUCUGCCAUCAUACUGCAGCUGCAGAGAGAGAGGGAGGGGGAGAGAUAGA